AUUACAUCUUGGGAUAAAUAAAUAGGCUCAGGGAUUGGGAUUUUGAUUGAAGAAGCAUCAAGGCUCAUCAUCUCUGCGGAGUAGGGAUCGAAGGGAUUCAGUGGUAGUGUACUGCCAGUGCAUUUGAUCAUUUGGGGUUGAUUGCUAAUUGAACUGGAGCUAACUCAUUCACAAAUUAAGAGCAAGAAAAAGAAGAUCACAAAACUCCUCAUGGCAUCAGAAGUAAGCAUGAAAAUCCCCAAGAUAGACUUCUCUUCAUCUCCUGACCUCCAACCAGGUGCUGAUCACUGGGACCAGCUCCGGUCACAAGUCCUACAAGCUCUCAAGUCCUUUGGCUGCUUUGAGGCUGUGUACCCAAAAGUCUCACAGGAAACCCGGCAAGCCUUCUUCUCUGUUCUUGAAGAUCUAUUCUCCCUCCCUGUAGAAACCAAGCUUCUCAACACCUCUGAGGUCCCCACCUUUGGCUACGUGGGACAAUAUCCUCAUCUUCCUCUCUAUGAGAGCCUUGGUAUUUCCAAAGUUUCUCUCCCUGACAACAUCCUCAAGUUCUCUAAUCUCAUGUGGCCUCAUGGCAACAUUAACUUCAGAGAGGUGGUGAGUUUGUUAGUAGGCCAGAUAUCAGACCUGGAGAAGAUGGUGAGACGGAUGGUGAUGGAAGGGUUGGGAGUGGAUAAGUAUUAUGAGAGUAAUACUGAGUCAAUUGAUUACCUUCUAAGGAUGAUGAAGUACAAAGGGCCUGAGAAAGAGGGAGUUCGGGAAGGUCUGGGUUCUCAUACUGACAUGACCAUGCUUAGCAUUUUGUUUCAGAAUCAAGUGAGUGGGUUACAGAUUCAGACCAAGGAUGGUGGUGAAUGGAUCCCUGUUGAGAUUUCUCCCAACUCUUUCACUGUCAUGGCUGGUGACUCUUUCUUGGCAUGGUCUAAUGGAAGAGUUCAUGCACCAUGGCACCGUGUGAUGAUGGAAGGGAAUGAGGCUCGGUAUUCGGUGGCAUUUUUUGCAUUGCCAAAAGGAGGCCAUCUGGUUCAAGCGCCGGAGGAGAUGGUGGGCGAGGAACACCCUUUGCUCUUCAAGCCAUUUGAUGUCAUUAAGUACCUUAACUAUAUCUCAAGUGACGGUGGUAAACCUGGCAAGUCUGCAUUGAAGGAUUAUUGUGGUGUCUAAUUGAAGUUCUUGAUCCACCAGGCAUGAAUGGUGUUUGCACUUUAUUAACUAAGCUCAUGAAAGUGCAGUUAUCUUAAUAAAAGUAUGACAUUAUAUAUCAUGCAUAUUUCCUUGUUUAAAUUUGGAGUGUUGUUUUGUUAUAUCGGCUUUGAUAUUAUAUAUAAUAUUUGAUCUA